AGCGUGGAUGCUGCUCCGUCCCGCCGAGGCCCCCAGGAGCUUGGAGCCCGAGCGGCCAGGCGGGGCCGGGCGGGGACACCGCCGGCAGCCGCUCCGCCGCCCACCCCGUGCCCUCGGCCAAGGGCAGCCCGGGGCCGCAGCCGCACCCUGGGGCCGCGGGCGGCGGACAAAGGGCCAUGCAGGGCCGGGGGACGCGGCGCGGGGCGCGCUGGAGCGGGGGGCCGCGGCGGCGCCGCUGAGCGCGGCCCGGGGCGGAGACGGCCGCGAUGCCGUGGUUCCCGGUGAAGAAGAUCCGCAAACAGAUCAAGCUGCUGCUUUUGCUGCUGCUGCUCACCUGCGCCGCGUGGCUCACGUACGUGCACCUGAGCCUGGUGCGCCAGGGCCGCGCGCUGCGCCAGCGGCUGGGCUAUGGGCGAGAUGGUGAGAAGCUGAGCGGUGUGACAGAUGGCCGGGGCAUCCGGGCUGCACUGUCCACACAGAGGGCAGAGGACUCCAGCGAGAGCCGUGAGGAGGAGCGGGUGCCCGAAGGUCGGGACCCAGACGCGCUGUUUCCCUGGGGGGCUGGAAGGCCACUGUCGCUCAACCUCACCCGUCAGGCGCCCUCGUGGCGGGAGGAGUACAAGGGGCAGGUGAACCUGCACGUGUUCGAGGACUGGUGCGGGGGCGCCGUGGGCCAUCUGAGGAGGAACUUGCACUUCCCGCUCUUCCCUCAUACUCGCACCACCGUGAAGAAGCUGGCUGUGUCCCCCAAGUGGAAGAACUACGGCCUCCGGAUUUUCGGCUUCAUCCACCCGGCGAGAGAUGGAGAUGUCCAGUUCUCCGUGGCUUCGGAUGACAACUCUGAGUUCUGGCUGAGCCCAACCGAGAGCCCGGCGGGUGCCCAGCUGGUGGCCUUUGUGGGCAAGACUGGUUCGGAGUGGACAGCACCUGGAGAAUUCACCAAGUUCAGCUCCCAGGUGUCCAAGCCCAGGCGGCUCAUGGCCUCCCGGAGGUACUACUUUGAGCUACUGCACAAGCAGGAUGACCGCGGCUCGGACCACGUGGAAGUGGGCUGGCGAGCCUUCCUGCCGGGUCUGAAGUUCGAGGUCAUAGGCUCUGCUCACAUCUCCCUGUAUACAGAUGAGUCAGCCCUGAAGAUGGACCACGUGGCCCACGUGCCCCAGUCUCCAGCCAGCCACGUUGGGGGGCGCCUGCUGCAGGAGGAGCCCAGAGCUGACAUGCUGCGGCCCGAUCCCCGAGACACCUUCUUCCUCACGCCUCGGGUGGAGCCCUGGAGUCUGGAGAAUGUGCUGGAGCCCUGCACCUACGCCCCCACCUACGUCGUCAAGGACUUUCCCAUCGCAAGAUACCAGGGACUGCAGUUUGUGUACCUGUCCUUCGUCUAUCCCAAUGACCACACACGCCUGACUCACAUGGAGACGGACAACAAGUGCUUCUACCGCGAGUCGCCGCUGUAUCUGGAAAGGUUUGGGUUCUACAAAUACAUGAAGAUGGACCGGGAGGAGGGGGAGGAAGACGAAGAGGAGGAGGUGCAGCGCCGGGCCUUCCUCUUCCUCAACCCAGACGACUUCCUGGACGACGAGGACGAUGGGGAGCUGCUCGACGGUCUGGAGCCCACCGAGGCGCCCGGAACGCAGGGCGGCCGCCGGCUCGCGGCCCCCACCGAGGCCCUGGCCACUCCCGCCCUGCCAACGCCUCCCGCCCCCCUGGGCCGGCCGACCCCCCGGCGCUCGCGGGCGCUGAGCUGGGCCGCCCGCCCCCUUCCCCUCUUCUGGGGCCGUGCCCCUCCCCCCCGCCCAGCAGCCGCGGCCGAGCAGCCCCCGAAGGUGUAUGUCACGCGGGUGCGGCCGGGACUGCGGGUCCCACCCCGGGCCCCGGCACCGCUCAGCCCACGCGGCCCUCCCCGGCCACCUUUCCCUGGCGUCUUCCUGCGCCCCAGACCCCUACCCAGGGUGCAGCUGCGCGCCCGCCCACACCCACCCCGGGCUCGAGGCCGCAGGACCGGCGGCCCCCAGGCCGCAAAGCUGAGGCCCCCGGCCCCGGCGCCGACCACCCAGGGGAGCCGAGAGGGCCAGGCACGCGAGCCGGGACUCACGGCCCCCACCACGGACUCGAACUAUUCGUCCGAAGCGCAGCCCGUGACCUCCUUCCUGAGCUUGUCCCAGGUGUCCAGGCCACAGCUGCCCGGGGAGAAUGAGGAAGAGGAGGAAGGGGAUGACGAGGAAGGGGCGCAGGGCGAAGAGGCUGCGUUGGAGGACAGCGAAGAGAAGGCCGGCCCGGUGCGCGGCCGCUGGCGCGAGGACGCUAUCAACUGGCAACGCACGUUCAGCGUGGGCAGCGUGGACUUCGAGAUGCUGCGCUCGGACUGGAACGACCUGCGCUGCAAUGUGUCGGGGAAUCUGCAGCUGCAGGAGGCCGAGGCCGUGGACGUGGUGGCUCAGUACAUGGAGCGGCUCAACGCGCGCCAUGGAGGGCGGUACGCUCUUCUGCGCAUCGUGAACGUGGAGAAGCGCCGGGACUCUGCGCGGGGAAGCCGUUUCCUCCUGGAGCUGGAGCUCCAGGAGCGCGGCGGGCGCCGGCUGCGCCUGUCUGAGUAUGUCUUCCUGCGCCUGCCCCGGGCACGUGCUGGCGACACAGAUGGAGACGGGGAGAGUCCUGAGCCCGCUCCAGCCGUCUCCCCAGCCGCCUCUGUGCACCCCGACGGCCGCCCGGAGCUGUGCCGGCCACUGCGCCUGGCCUGGCGCCAGGAUGUGAUGGUGCACUUCAUCGUGCCAGUGAAGAACCAGGCGCGCUGGGUGGUACAGUUCCUGGCAGACAUGGCUGCGCUGCACGUCCGUACAGGAGACUCUAGCUUCAGUGUCAUCCUGGUGGACUUUGAGAGCGAGGACAUGGAUGUGGAGAGGGCCCUCCGCGCGGCGCCACUGCCCAGAUACCAAUACCUAAGGCGAACCGGGAACUUUGAGCGCUCCGCGGGGUUGCAAGCUGGAGUGGCCGCGGUGGAGGAUGCCAGCAGCAUCGUUUUCCUCUGCGACCUGCACAUCCACUUCCCCCCCAGCAUCCUGGAUGGCAUCCGCAAGCACUGCGUGGAGGGCAAGCUAGCCUUUGCGCCUGUGGUCAUGCGGCUGGGCUGCGGGAGCUCGCCAGGGGACCCUCACGGUUACUGGGAGGUGAACGGCUUCGGCCUCUUUGGGAUCUACAAGUCCGACUUCGACCGCGUUGGAGGCAUGAACACCGAGGAGUUCCGGGACCAGUGGGGAGGCGAGGACUGGGAACUUUUGGACAGGGUCCUGCAGGCAGGGCUGGAGGUGGAGCGGCUCCGAGUGCGGAACUUCUACCACCACUUCCACUCCAAGCGCGGGAUGUGGGGCGUGCGCAGCCGCAAGGCCGCCCGCAAGGAGGCCCCUUGAGGACCAGCGACCCCUCCCGGCCCCGGCUGCUGUCCUGCCGUGGCAGCUGGAGGCCAGGCUCUGAGCCUGGACCCUGGGGACCCAGCGGGGCUCAUCCGGGGGCACAGCCACCACCCGUGCCUGCCCCUCUCUGGCCCCCCAGGCUGCUGCCCCCUCUCUGGCCGCCCCCCCACCCAGAGAGGCGGCCGUCGUAGCCGGCGGGGCCUGGGCUUGCCCCCCACGCCCUGUGCGAUGAUUUCUGUGAAAUUUUGCCGUAGCAAUGACAUUGUUUCAGGAUUUCCAAGAGUUUUGUCUGUUCCGUUUUUUAUUCAGAAUGAAAUGAAAUAUUUUUUUUAGUUCUGA